CUUGUUUCAGUCAUUCGACUGCGGCCAUGCUGGAGCACCAAAUACAUAUAUAUAUUUUUUUUUUGCUUUUUUUGUAGUUUCAGCUCAUAGCUGUGGCCAUGCUGGAGCACUGCCGUUUUGCUACACUGUUAUUACUGAGAUCCUCCUUUAAUAUGUGGCACUUUGUGUAGAAUGGUAUUUGAUGCAGCUACCCUCAAAUCAAAACUGGUUGUCAAGCGGUGUUGGAGUAGUAUGGGUUUAUUGUAACUCCACACAAAGAAAAGCAACCAAUUCGUCUACUUUCUGAAAAGACUUUUACAAAUGAAGUGAUGAAACCAUCAAGGCUUCAAGAACACUUAAAUAAAAGGCAUCUUGAUAGAGAAGAAAAAAAUUUGAAUUAUUUUCAAUCCCUUAAAAUAACUUGGAAGUUUUUCCUCGAGUUCAUCCAGUUAAUCUAGUGAUGGUUUGAGUGCUUCUUAUAACAUAUCACUUCUCAUUGCGAAGUCCAGCAAACCUCACCCAAUAAGAGAACAGCUAAUCUUACCAGCUGUAAAAGAAGUCCUGAAGAUGGUACUACACAAGGCACCAGAGCCAAUUAUCAAAGGUAUUCCUCUGAGUAAUAGCUCUGUCCAGAGGAGAGUUGAUGAAAUGGCAGAAGACGUCGAAGACCAACUCUGCACAAUUCUGAAGAAAACAGAAUUCAGCUUGCAGUUGGACGAGUCUACUUUGCCAGGUAAUGAUUCCAUCCUCCUUGUAUAUGUUCGUUUUGUGAAAGAGGGCCAAGAAUUACUCUUUGCCAGACUAUUGGAAACUAAUAGCAAGAGUAAAUCCAUUUUCAAUGUGAUCAAGAGCUUUAUUGACAAAAAGGACAUCCCACUGAAUACUAUUGCAAUUGAUGGUGCACCAUCGAUGACUGGCUGUCAACGCGGCUCUCAAAGUCAGCCUGCCUGAUGCACUACGUGAUUCACUGACAACACCUUGUUGCACGAAACCUCAGAGGUCAUCUUCACAAUUCCCUAAACAUGGUCAUCACCACCGUGAAUAAAAUCAAAUCUCAUGCUUUGAAUACUUGCUUGUUUCAACAGCUUUGCUUUGAAAUCAACGAAGACUUUCAAAACUUGCUGCUCCACACAGAGGUGAGGUGGUUAUCAAAGGGAAAUUGUCUGAAUUAUUUUUAUGCUUUGCUUGAUUCAGUAACGGAGUUCUUUAAUACCACCGUCCCAGAACUUAGUGUGAGUAUACUUUAUAAGUAUAAAAUAGUGUGAGUAUACUUUAUAAGUAUAAAGAAAGAUAUUGCAUAUUUGUCUGACUUAUUAAAUUCAAUGAAGUGAAUAACUAGCUGCAAGGAGAUGGUGUUAAUCUCAUCCAAGUUAAGUCAACCAUCUCAACAUUUCAAGUGAAACUUGUUAUGUAUAAGUGCAAAAUUGGAUGCAGGGAGUUUUUCCAGUUUCUUUGCUAGUCUAAUUUUGAAAAGGAUGGAAAACUUGCAGACGAGGAUCUGCUUGUCUUUUGCUCACACCUCACCGCACUGCACAAAGAUAUGGAGCAUUGAUUUCAUGAUCUGUUUGCUCUUCAAGUUUCUGACUAGAUUGUCAUCCCCUUCAUUGACAUCGGAGAAGAAGAGAGUGGAAAGCUAGAAGAGGAGCUGAUAACUCUUCAAAAUGAUAUUCAAUUGAAGCCUAAAUUCUGCAAGUACAAUCAAGUAUUUUGUCUUCAAAAAGCUAUCCGUGACCACUAUCUGGAGCUUUGGAAGAAAGUCAAAUUGUUUUUCAUUGCCUUUCCAGCAUCUUAUUUGGUUGAGAGAGGAUUCA